GCACUAGAAGCAAUUCAAUACCAACACCAAGAGCCAAAUACACAUCGAACGCAAAAGCCAAAGAGAAACAAAUUAAGGUUAAAAUGGGUUCAAGGAUACAAUCAUCAUCUGAUCGUGUCUAUGAAGACUUUGAACCAUUUUAUGAAUGGGAUAGAGAUCAAAGGCUUGUCAAUGUUUUGCUACCAGGUUUUAGAAGGGAUCAAAUGAAGGUUCAAGUGACCUCAAAGUCUACCCUAAGGCUAAUGGGUGAACGAUUGAUAACUGAGAACAGAUGGCGUCGUUUUAACUUAGAAUUGCCCAUUCUUUCUGAUUAUGACACCGACAACGUGACUGCCAAGUUUGAGGGUGCCAAGCUAUCAAUCAAAUUUGGCAAACUGAGUCAGCCCCGGGAAACGCCACAAAAGGUUGAGCAGAAAAAGGGUACCCAAGAAGAUGGCCCAAAAGAAAAGACCAAUGGUGAACUAUCUGACCCAAAACAAGAGCAAGGCAAAACUGAAACAACAGAUAGCAAAGACAACGUGCCUCAGGAAGCCAAGACUAAUGGCUCAAGCGAGACAAAAGAAGCAGAAACAUCUAAAGCUCCUAAAAAUAGGCUUGUUUCGAGAACCAAAACUAGGCUAGUAGAUUUUACCCACAGUUUUGGGCCUAAUCAGGUUGGUAAUCAAGAUUCGAAUGUAGGGAAGAACAAGUGGAAGAAGUUGGCGAAAUCGGUGAUGCUGGUCUUAUUGGUUGUGGCCCUUGUGGGAUAUGUUGGCCUUUAUGCAAGAAAUGCAUUCACAUCAUCCUCUGAACCUGAAGAACCAUAUUUCCUAGAGCUGUGAUUUUCUUCCUGGGGUACUAGUACACGUAAAGAGAACACUGUUAAUUUGCGUGUAAAUGCAUAAUUUCAAUAAAAGAAUAAAGUCAAAGUUUAAUAC